AUGAAAUUAGUUUUCACUAGUAAAGCAUGCAUACUUAUACAAGAAAUCUAUUUGGAUGGUCCAGUAGCUACUGAUGGACGUCUUAGACCUGGUGAUCAGUUGCUUGAGGUAAAUGGAAGUUUAUUGACACAUGUAACACAUGCUGAAGCUCAUCAUCUUUUAACAACUCCGUCCACUAUAGUACAAUUCACUGUUUUUCGUGAACCAGUUUCCCUGAACGCUCAACAAUCUCAACCACAAUAUCAACAAGAAAUAUUCUAUGUUAAAUUGUGUAAACGUCAGGGGAAAGUGCUUGGAAUUAAACUUGUUGGGAAAAAGCACUUACCAGGACUUUAUGUACUAGAACUUGUCGCCGGUUGUGAAGCAGAUCUUGAUGGAAGAAUGAAAAAAGAUGAUCGUAUAUUGGAAAUCAAUGGAAUAGAUUUAGAAAAUGGAACACAAGAACAAGCAGCUCAAAUAAUUAAUUCUGUUUCAGAUUAUGUUAUCUUCAAAAUAAGUCGACGAAAUCGUUCAGAUACACCAGACAUUUUAAGAACAACAACGGAUUCUGAAGAAAAGCUAGAGAAUAGUCUAUUAACGCUAGAAUCAUUACAGCUGAGUUCAUCGGAUCAUCCGAAUAAACAGGAUUCAUCAAAUAUUAGUCAUCAUAAUUUUGCAUGGUCUAACAGUUUAGAAGAUCGUGACACAAAUGCUUCAAGUACACAUUCAACUACAGAGCUGAUACGUCCUUCAACUGAACAAAAAUUAGCCUGUUAUAAUCCUACAAUACCAAAUUCAACUGGUACAGUAAAUGAUGACAGCAAUUUGAGUAAAAUGAAUAUUUGUAAAGAACCACGUAAUCGAUCUAAUUCACUGGAUUCAGUUAUUGCAUUCAAUUCACGUACUCAUCAAAAUAGCACAAAUAGAUUGCCGAAACAAUUUAUUUCAACCUCCGCAGAACCACCAUCCUGUCAAGAAAGAACUAUUGUUGUAAAUAAGGGUCCAGAAGAACCUUUAGGCAUAUCAAUUGCUGGAGGACGUCAAUCACAGCGUGGAGAUACACCUAUAUAUGUAACGAACAUAAGUUCUGAAUGUGUUCUCGGUCGUUCAAAGCUGAUUCAACGAGGUGAUAUUCUAUUAGAAGUUAAUGGUGUUGGUCUAGUUGGUCUUACGCAUCAUGAAGCUGUUGAAGUUCUCCGACAAAUAAGUCUAAUGCAAACACGGAUACAGUUGCGUGUCAUUACAGCUCCCGAGACAAGUGAUGGUCCAGAAAACUUUAUGCCUUCUUGGACAUAUUGGCUUCGAUUACCACCAAUUUGUCAACUGGCUCGAGUAAUUCUUCUUCGUCGAGAAAGUAGUAGUACGCCUAGUUUUAGUGGUUGUUCUUUUUCACAACCACUCGGUUUCAGUAUUGUUGGUGGUUUGGGUCAUGAUCAAGGGAUAUCAGGCCAAUCGAAUUCAAAUACGUCUGAUGGGAAAAUUAUUAAAUCAUCUCCAAAAGUCACCGCCAAAGUUGGUUACUCUAACCUUUAUCCUUGUCCAAUUGUGAUAAAAUCUAUAGUUCCUGGACUCCUUGCCCAUAAAGACGGUCGACUAAAGUGUGGUGAUCUUAUCUUAGCUGUGAAUAACAUAUCAAUGCUGAAUAUUCCUCAUUCAUCUGCAGUUCGUUUGUUAAAAAAGGCAACUGGUGAUGUUGUUCUACAAGUGAUUUCUUGGCCUGGUACAAUUGUUUGA